UUACAAUCCUUGAGAGUCUUGUCUUUAGACACGGAAAUGGCUAACCCCAACGAGUGGUCUCAGUUCUACAACACCAACCAAACCUUCUUCACAACUUCCACCACCGUUUCAACCGCUGUCACAACCACCACCACCGGUGGUGAUACCACCUCUAUAGACUCUCGUCUGAGUCCAGAGACCGGCCGUGUAACCAAGCCAGCACGUAGAAGAUCAAGAGCCUCACGUAGAACACCAACAACGCUUCUCAACACCGACACUUCCAACUUCCGUGCCAUGGUUCAGCAAUACACUGGCGGUCCAUCCGCUAUGGCUUUCGGGUCUGGUAAUACUACUUCUGGUUUCAGCCUCACUUCUUCGUCUGAUCCAUCCGCUGGAUCUUCUCAACAAGUUCCUUGGCAAUACAAUUUUCAGCCUCACGCGCCGUUGCAACAGCAGCCUCAACGGCCUUAUAUGUUCUCGUUGAACAACGUGAACCCUAUGGUCGGGUAUAGUAACAUGAACAACCCUAAUACGGUUGUUUCGGGUAUGUUUGGGACGGUGGAUGGUUCUAGUGGAGGAGGUUCUGCUCCGUCGCUUAAGGAGGCUACGAAUAGUAAUACUUCUUCGUCGAGGUUGCAAUGAGAAAACGAUUGGAUUCUUUUUGAAUUUUUUCUUCUUCUUUUUUUUUUGGGUUUUCGCAUAAAGGCAGAAAUGUUAGGUACUGACUUUCUUUGUCAUAGAAUGAAAACUUUGACUUUUUUUUUUUUUUGUAUAUUUCAGUUUUAAUUUUUCUUUCAUAUUU